AUGGUCAUCCUGCUGCCUGGGGAGUCCCAGACCCUCACGGCGCCCAUCAGCCAAGCGCGUGGAACUGUUCCCCGCGAGGUGUCCAAAUGUGCCGGGGCGGCAAAGAACGCGAGGAAGGGCCUUUCCAAGACGGAGAUCGCUGAAAAGGUCGGCCGCUCGGAACAUUGGGUCAAGAGGUGGUGGCGCGAACAUCCGGCCACACUGGAACGGCCCGUUGGUUCUCGCGAUGUGGUGUUGAAGAAGGCCUCAGUGAACGCCUUUCGCGACCUGGACAUCAGGCGUGGCUUCAUCAAGGAAUCCUCCACCUUCGACUCCCUGGUCAAGAAGGUCUCCUGGAAGCAAGCCAAAGUCGUUGUGAGGGAUUCCAACACAGGAGAGCUCACCCUGAGAUACAACGAGAAGGGGCAGUCUGUCAGUUCAGGUCGACAGGUGGCUGACUACACCGGUGGCCUAGAUUUUUUGGACGAGAUUCUGCAGAAAGUGUUCUCCCAGAUGAACAUCCGGGAUCCACAAGCGCGGAUCUUCAUGAAUUUUUAUGCGGAUGGAAAGGACAAGAUUGCAGCCCACAGACAUGAUUUCUGGACUUGCUUGCUUUCCUUUGGCUCUCCAAGAAUUCUCACUGUAGAUCGCCGCCCCGUACUGUUGCGAGAUGGUGAUUUGAUUGUUUUCGGCACACAAACUCACGGGGUACCAACAAUGCCGGACAUCACAGACGGAAGAGUAUCAUUGGUUAUUUUUUUCUACCCUGAUGCAGACAACCUGGAGCGACAGUGGCAAACAAUCAACGAAGAUGAUGAAGAGGAGAAAAGCAUAACUGAUGUGCGAACCCUUAGCACGGGCAUGGACAAAGGCUUCAAGGCAUCAUUGUUGUGGGGUGACAGUAAAGAAGAAAGCACUGGCAAGAAGCUUGGCCGCACCAGCGGAGAAAGGCUGUCAAGACACGGCAUUACAGCGCUUUGGGAUUUCCGCAUCCGUGAAACUGAUUGGUCAGAGCCCAGCAGCUUCAAGAGGGCCUGCGCGGCGCGCUCCAUCUCCUACCGUACCUAUCCUCUCGGCCGGCGGGAAGCUGGAGGCAUGCAGGGCCAUUUGCAAAGUGAGGAAGGUCAAGAUGUUCUACGACGUUUCGCAGAGGCCGGGUGUCCACUCAAGCCGCAGCUGCCUUUGCUGUUGCACAAUCAGGAAGCACAGCAGGUAGCUCUAGGGCCGAG